CUGUGGAGACGCCACUGGAUUUGCCACUCUUCCGCUGAUCUGCUUGACAUCUGAGAGGCGCAAGCGUUCAAAGUUUGGAUAAUCUAAAAGGCUGAAGGUGUAGGAUGCAGUCUGGAGUGAAGACGCUCUCCGCAGGUGGAGGUGCGUCACUCUGCUGCCUGCUGCUCCUCUGGCUCAUCUACUCCCAUCUGCUCAGAGAGGGCCAGUUGGCGGUGGGAACCUGCGAGAUAGUGAUGCUCAACAGAGACAGCAGCGUUCCCAGACGGACCAUCGCUAGGCAGACGGCCCGCUGCGCCUGCCGGAGAGGCCAGAUUGCUGGGACCACCAGGGCGAGGCCAGCAUGUGUAGACGCGCGAAUCGUGCGGAGUCGUCAGUGGUGUGAGAUGGCUCCCUGCCUGGAGGGGGAGGUCUGCAGCCUCCUGUUCAACCGAUCUGGCUGGACCUGCACCAAGGGCAGUGGUCGCAUCAAGACCGUCACGCCUUUGCCCAAGGAGCCAUCAUAGGUUACAUAGAAAACAGCAAGUAUAUUCAUUGACAUCCAUGCUACAAAAGGAACUGAGGCCAAUCACUACACCACAACAUUG